AUGUCCUUGUUUAAAGUUUGCAACUGGUGGAAAACCCAGUGUCCUGACGUUGAACCCAACUACGACUCAUUUUCAAUUCACUGCUGUAGGUUAAGCAUCCAAGAAGGCGAAAAAGAUAAUGUGAUUGUCGGUUCUCACUCGGGUCAUCUUUCGAUAUACCAACCUUCAUACAAAUCACUGGGAGAAGGAGAGUCUGGCGAAGAUCAGCAGUUUGAAAAUAUUUAUCAACAUUCAGAUGUAAUAUUAGAAACCAAAUUAUCAUUACCAAUUAUUGGAAUAGUGGACGGCAGGUUUACAACAGCUGUCAAAACAGAUACAAAAUUGCAACUUGCGAUAUUACAUCCUGCAAAAAUUUGCAUAUACCAAAUUGUAACUGUUGGUGGUAUCGCCGAUCAUGGUGAUCAAUCAAAAUUACAUCUUCUUGUUGAGCACAGUCUUACCAGCCCAGCAUUUUGUUUCUGUCGUGGAAGCUUUGGUGGAAUCAAGGGUAGAGAUUUCUUAUGCAUACAGCAUACAAACGGAUCUCUCAGAUUUUUUGAACAAGACGGAAUUACUUUCGAGUAUAGACUGCCAGGAGAAAGACAUAUUCCUUCGCCCAUUCAUUACAUUCCUCGUAUUGAUUGUUUCGUCACAGUGUCACCCAGUUGGGAACUUGAGUGCUACAGGUAUCAAGAUCUAUCGGAACCAAACGAAACCUUGCGAAGGCACGAACCAAUUUGGUCGAUAUGCGUUGGAGAGUACGCGCUCGAUUUGAGCGUGCACCAGAUAUCCAAUUUGGAAUCAGUAAUAGUUAUAACUGGUGAAAAUAACCUAAUUUGUGUAACAGAUACGGGAAAAAUUCGUUUUAUUAGAAAACUUGAUUAUUCACCUGUAUGUUUUCAUUCGUUCGUUGUUGGAUGGUACUGGGAACCAGAUGCCCGACUGAUGAUUGCAGUCGUUUCCGAUAGCGGAUCUUUACUAUUAUACGAAGAAAAUCAAGUGGUGUGGUCUGCUGAAUUACCAGAUAUCCCAGUCGCAAUAUGUCGAGCCAACGUUUCAAAAUUACCAGGAGCACUGGUAACUCUAGGUAGUACCGGACACCUGGCCGUCGGAUUCCUCGGAUCUGAACCACAUCUAUUCAAAGUUCCUCCUCUGAAUCUAGCUCCCUUCGAAGUAACAAAAUGUCAAAAAGAAAUGGUGGAGUUAGAGAAAGAAAUUCGCUCAGGAGUAGACUUCAGUGAUAUUGCCAUUAUUAAUGCGGCUACAGAGCGUGAAAUAGACUUACAGGUUUCAAUUGAUCCAAAAUUAGAAAAAUGUUCUAAACGAACGAAUAUUUCAUCUAUUGAAAAUCUCAUUUACAUGUGCCAGCUCGUAGUAACGGCCAAACCAAACAUAAACCUUGAGCUAAUGCAAAUAUGCAUUGUAACAGAUAUGGCACUGGAGAGUAACAACGAAACAUUUAUGUUUCGUGAUAUCCAAACUGACACCGUUCAAACAUUAGAGGCGUGGAUCUAUUCUUAUGAACCAGCAGUUCCAAAUAGCACAAAGGUUGAAGUUUCAUGCUCUUACACCAAUAAACAAGGCAUUACCAGGAUUUUAAAGAAAUCAAUUAGAUUACCUCUGGAAAUGUUAGCCAAAACAUGUCCAGCUACAAAAGAAGCUCUGCACAAAGUUACAUUGAUAGUACGUGAUUCAGAUGAAAGUCUUAACAGUUUAUUUCCUGAAUUUAUCAGUGACGGUAAUCCUCAUGCAAUAGGUUUACUGCUAUUAGCUACCGGAACUAAAGUAACUAUUGUAGCUGCAAGAAAUACUAACCGUUUCAGGGUGCAAUCGGAGGAUUUUUUUGCCAUCCCAUUAAUAGUUUCUGAAUUAAUAGAAAGAAUCAAUUCACGAAGUAAGAACAAUAGUUUCGAUAGGAAGAAUCGAGUGUCGAUAUCAUCAAACCCACCGAUGGAUGGACUUUUAAAGACAAUCAAUCACCAUUACCAGUUAAGACUACAAUAUAAACAAAAUGCGAAAGACUUAGAAAUUCGUACAAAUCAGAUGCGAUUGUUCGAACGUCGAUUUGUGGUCAAACUACAGGAGAGGUCCCUCCGGGCACUAGACGGUAUUUUGAUGCUGCUCAAACAGAACCAAUCCGAUAUUUCGAAAAUCUGUAAUGCCCUUAAAGACAUCCAGAUCCAAAUCAAAAUUUCCCAGAUCAAUCUAUCAGGGCUAUUGCGAUUGUUUGAAUUAGGCUUCGUCCAUUCCAACAUACCAUCUAAAUAUUUGGAGCCAAUAAGAAACAUUCUUUCCACACCAGUUUUCGAUAGUUCUGAGCUUAGCUGGGAAGAGAUGGUGCAACCAGUUAUAAAGUUUUUAUCGCACACCGGUCCAUUACAUUCAGAAGCAGGAAUUUCGUCAUUCGAUGAAAAGUUUAUCUUCGCAACCGACGGAUCCUUUAGGCUUGAACCGUUUAUGAAGCAGUUUUCUACGAUGCUCGCACGUGUUGAGGAUAAGCGAUCGAAGAUAGGUCGUUCCAGCGCAGAUUUUGAGGAACAACUGGAGGAAGUGAGAAGUGACACCGAAGAGAGCACGAGUGAAUGGCUUAGCUACGAGAAAGUUAGUGAACUAACAUUUUAAGAGUAUUUCGGAUGUUUCAUAUUUCUUAGACCUUUUUCGAUAUUGUAUGAUUUUAUUUACGACAGUAAUACUAUAAUAUAAUUUACA